AUGGUCCUCGUACUCGUGAUCGGGGACCUCCAUAUCCCCACUCUCACCCACGACCUCCCGGCAAAAUUCAAGAAGCUUCUUGUGCCCGGCAAGAUCCAGCAGAUUCUGUGCACUGGCAAUGUGAGCGACAAAGAGACACUCGAUUACCUCCGUACCAUUGCGCCUGAGUUACACGUCGUGCGCGGCGAGUUUGACGACAACUCGCACUUCCCCCUAUCCCUCACCAUCCCACAUCAGAGUGUCCGCAUAGGCGUCGUCCACGGUCAACAGGUCGUGCCGGCCGGCAACCGCGACAUGCUCGCCGCCCUCGCGCGCCAGAUGGACGUCGAUGUCCUCAUCAGCGGCGGCACGCACCGGUUCGAGGCGUUCGACUUUGACGGGCGCUUCUUCGUCAACCCCGGGAGCGCGACCGGCGCGUGGAGCGGUCUCGAUGGUGACUCGACGCCAUCGUUCGCCUUGCUCGACGUGCAAGGCCCCGUCAUUGUCACAUAUGUUUACCAGCUUGUUGACGGCGAAGUCAAGGUCGACAAGGUCGAGUACCGGAAACCUGACCCACCACGAGACGGGCAGCAGGACCAGAGCUCGGCGUGGACGUCGCUAGCGAGUGGAUGGAAUCUUGCGGCCGCACGUGAACAGUAUUCCCAGUUUCAACCAUGGCGCGACAUACGCCCCUCCAAACGAGAUCUGACGUCGCGCUCUAACAUGCUCUAUCCCAACACGGACAUUGCUCUCUUCGCCAUGGCCGACCCCACCGACCUAAUCAACCUGUACCUCCCGAACCCCAGCCAUACCCCCUCACGAGAUCACCACGUCGCCCUCCGAAACGCGCGCGCGGCGUACAGCGUGCACAUCGCAAAGGUCUCUGCGGGCGUGCUCGGCGGUCUCGCAUUCAUCAUCAUCGUCAUCGCCCUCGUGCUGCGAUUCCGCAAGCACCGGAUCCAGACAGAACUGCCAACGGUGCUCGUGACGUCCCCGAGAUCGCCGCAUGUUUGGGUCGUACCACCCGGAGCGGAGGUGGAUCUUGCGCACCUUGCGCCGCCCAAGUCCUAA